AAUAAACACAAAAUUAAUGAGAGAUUAUUUUGAAGUUUGCAGUAAUAACGGUGCAUCUAUUAUUUCUCUGAAGUGUUUGUUUACAUUGUGAAAUUAAGUUUGACACAUUAAAUUAAGUUACAUAGUACAGAAAUGGAAAAAGCACAGGCAUUUACAUUAGAAAAUUUCAUUAGUAAUUGGAAUGGCGAUUUUCCGAAUUAUCCUCUUACGCCUGCGGAUCUUAAAAUUCCUCAAGCUGUGAUGGGAGCUCUGUUUCAAAUAUUCGACAGGCUUGGAAUCGAUCGCGACGCUGUACUUGCGCCACCCCCUGAAGAAAACUGUAACGAGCACACAAUAUAUUACUGGGACCUCUUACCGGUGAUCAACAUGACGCGUGUAAUCAAUCAUCUUGUAUCUGUUAUGCCUCAAGUUUCUACAAUUAGCAUAUCGCAUUUCCUGCAACCAACAGCAAUAACGUCGCAUUCAAUACUUCUGUUGCUUUUCAAUUUGAUGCUUUUUAAUGAAGGGAGAUUAAGAGAUAUUGCUCCAUUCGAGGAAGAAUUAUUUGCCAAGACAGAUGAGGUGAAAGCUUUAGAAAGUCGCAAAAACAAACUAUUAGAAAUGUUAAAUCAACAAGCUGAAGAGAAAGGGAAAAGAGCAGAGAGAUUAGAAAAUUUGGAUCAGGAUAUUAAAAUGUUUGAAGAGGAAUUAAAACAAGAAAAAGAAUACUAUGAGGAAGAGAAAUUAGAGUUAGAUGCUAUCAUCAAAGAGAAUAAACAAGUUGAGAUGCUUCAAGACCAAAAGAAAUCACAAAGGGACAGUUUGAUAGCUGAGCUGGAGCGGAAACGGGCACUCAGGGUCUAUGAUGCUGACGACAUUAAAGCACAGGCUACAAAGGCAGCUAAAGAUGUCCAAGAGUCUGAGGAGAAACUCAAAUCUUUGAGGGAAACCCUGAUGCAAAAGGAAAAUAAUUUGAAGAAUUUGCAGACAACCAAGCCCAAUCUGGAUACAGCUAAUAAUCUUUUGCAUGAAAUUAUAAAACUUUCUGAUGAAUUGAAGGAGUUGGAAUCAGGUGAUUUAGACAGUGAAAGUAAAGAAGGUGAAUUGGAUGUACUCAAAACUGAGUUAAGUGAGUUGAACGCUCAGCUUAGUGAUCUGCAAGCAGCUAGAGAGGAUGCUAUGAUGAAGAGACAAGAGUCUCAGGCGAAACGACAAGAGGAAAAAACUUUGGCCCUCAGCGCCUUGCGUGAAGCAGAAGAAAGAGACAAGAAAUGUCGUGAACGAAACAAGUCUGCUCUCCAACGCACCGAAGAGAUUAAGGAGCUCACUAUCAAGUAUGAAGCAGAAAAAGCCAAGUGUCUGGAAGAACUAGCUUCCGUUAAAAACAGUUUUUGCAAUGAGUUGAAAUCCAUCGAAGAUAUGCUGAUGAAGAAGGUGACUGAAGCUGAGAAGAGAGUGUGUGAUAAAUUGAGAAACAGGCGUUUGUAG